AUGUCGGAAACUUAUCGUCAGCAAGCUUUUGGGCAGCCGACCUUCACCGACGGACAUGCGAGUGGGAGUUCCUCUGGACAUGAUCUCUUCGACAUCCUCGACGCCUCCAAUCUCUAUCACGAUCACGAAUAUCAUCCCGGUGGACAGCACUUACAACCACUGCAAAUUCCUACCCAAAACGAUAUCGCGCAAAAUCAGCACUUUGCGUAUGCAUUGCACGUCAGCGGUGUGUCGGCUCCAGGUAAGCGCGACCCCUCUAUUUAUCUUCAUUUCAUCAUAUUCUACGUACUUCAUCCUCAACGAGUUCUUUCGAUCACCGCGUAUUCUGUGUUGUUUUCUGUUCCCCGCAUACCAUGGUCACUAACAUCAUCUCGAGGCCUGCAAUACACCUCGCCCACAAUGCCGACCAUGACCGGACACAUCCCGCAACAUUUCGAGCACGACUCUACACUUCAGAUUGGCUUCGAUGAUCUCCAGGGCUUCUCACCUGUUACGCAAGGCUUUAGCAUCAACGCCUAUCGCACGCCAUACCCCGACAGUAACGCGACAUCCACAUCUUCAGCCACAUCACCCGACCCCACCCACGCAAGUCUCCUCAACGAUCCGGUUGUCGUCGAGGCGGAAGAAGAUAAGCGAAAACGUAACCAAGCCGCAUCCGCACGUUUCCGUCAGAAGAAAAAGCAGCGUGAGAUGCAACUCAUGGAGACUAGUCGCGAAAUGCAAGAUCGAACCAAGAAGCUCGAAGCUGAGAAUGAUGGGUUAAAGAAAGAGAACAUGUUCUUAAAGAAGUUGCUUGUGGAGAAGGUGGACCAUAUGAGUGACGAGGAUCGGGAGUUGCUGAAGAAGGCCGCCGAAGGUGCGCUGAGUGGGAUCCUGACCAAGAAAUGA